ACUUAAAGCGUAUAAAUACAAAGACACACGACAGCCACCUCUUUCCACUCACCAACCCUUCUUCUCUGUGGAGACAGUGACGGGUGUAGAUCAGUGUGUACCAGUGUUGUAACAUUCACGUCUCUAACACAGUUUAUUUAUUCAUAGUUGCACUGAAACAUUUUAUAUAUCUAUUGCAAGUAUAUUUGUACGUGCGACAACGUAACGGUUUAAUUGAACACGUCAAAUUUAGGAAUAUUAAUUAACGUCGGUUUCAUAUGUGUGUACAUGAAGUUGUUGGUGCUGACUAUGAGUUAAAUAGAACAUCAUUAUUACCAAUUUUCCUGCUGCUCAUUUUCACUCAUUUGAAAAAUGGCCACUAACAUAGCAGAUGUUUCGGAUGCCACAACCAUUUCGGGUGACUAUGAUGGAAAUACUGAUAUUUCCAGUCAGCCAACAGCAAUUGCUGACAGCAAAAAUGAAAGCAAGAAAAGGAAGUUUAAUCCACUAGUUGCUGUGCGGAAAUUUUUCAAGGGUAGUAAAAAGAGAUCUAAAUUGAAAGACAAUGAAGAAAUAAGCAUUGUAUCCAUGAGAGCAAAGUCUACAAGUGCCUUACACCGCCAGUCUGUUGAAGACUAUGAUGAGGAAGAUGAUGGAGGGUUUCUCCUCUCGAGGAGAUCACUUCGGAAAAAUAAGAGCCGUUCAGAAGAUAGUGUCCUUAUGGAACAGCAUGCCUCCAAAUCUGGUUUCCUACGAAAACUGGCAUACUCUGUUGAAGGAAUUGAUAAAACUUUGCAUAUGUCACGUUCGGGGAAGUUAUCUGGUCAUGGAAGCCAACAGAGUUUGAAUAGUUCUGAUAGCUAUGAAGGGUUUUCAAUACCUGCAAAAGACUUGAAUAGCAGUAUAUGCAGUUAUGGCGACAAGCAAGAAAACCCUGAUAGUGUUUAUGGAAUUGAUUUAGAAGCUGUAGCAAAGACUCCAUCUUUGAAUACUGAUGCUGCUAAGUUCAAGAUAUCUGUCAGGCCAAAAUCACGAAGAGGUAGUCGACAGCACAGAAGAAACUUCAGCAGUAAAAUAUCAACAACUCUUCCAAGUUUAAAUGAAGAACAGUGUAUUGGAGGACAGGAAUUUGGAGAUGUCUUACAAAAGUCUGUCUGCCUUGAGCCUAAUACAUUAGAUGAAAUUGUUACUUCAGAAGACAUUUCUUCACUUAAGGAAAGUAACAAUGAUUCAUCAGGACUUCCAAUAAAAUAUUCUGAAGAUAAGGAAAAUAAGAUGUUAAUACCAGGAAUCACCUUAUCAAACAAACCUUUAUCGCAGGAGAAUUUUUUGACAAACUCAACUGUUGAUAUCAAAGAUACAGUUGAUCUUAGUCUUAAACUGUCUCCAGUACCUAAGUCACCUGUAAAACUAUCAGUUUAUGACAACGUUUCUCUUGAGCGUACAUCAUCUGCUACCAACAUUAGCAUCACACACUCUGUUUCACCUGAACUUAAUGAAGCUUUUAAUCGUAUUAUUAAAGAAAGAAAUACUACAAAUGCUGAUGGUAAUGAAAAUGUUUCUAAAGAUCAGAUAUUUGAAUUGCAAAAAUCUAGUCCUGAAAAGGAACAAGAACAAAGCAUAGAAGAAAUAUCUCAAAUAAAAUUUGAUUUUCAGGCCAUCAAAGCAACUUCUACACCAGUUUUUAAUCUUAAAAAAGACAUAAAUACCAAUGCAAAGGAGGAAAACAUUGAAAAUGAAAAUGUUUCUAAAGAUCCACUGCUUGAAUUGGAAGAAUCCAAUCUUAAAAAGGAAAAUGAAGUAAAAAUGAGCUUAGAAGAAAUAUCUUCAAUUAAUAUCAAUUAUCAGGAUGUUACAGAACAUUCCACAGUUGACUCUGAUUUUGAUGAACAUUGUAUUAAUAAAGAGUCACCAAAUUAUGAUGAAACCUCUGUCUCACCUGAACGUCCAGAUAAUGACAUGCCGAAGAAGAAAUUGUUUAUAAAUUCUGAAUCUGACAAUAAACUAAGUACAGAUGUAAAAGAUUCCAAUGAGAAUUUGUCAAAGGAAAAUACCGAAUACUUUAUGACAUCUGAAUCUUCUAUAAGUCAGGACCAAACAUUGCUUGAUUUUUCAUUAAAUCUCUCCAUAAAACCUAACAGUGAAAGUACAUCUUUCAAUUCAAAUUUUGUCCAACAGAAAGAACUUCUCUCCCCAAAACACCAAACUAAAAGUCAAGGGUCAGAAGAGAACUCUAUAACAGAGUCAUUAAUUCCAUCACAGUUUCAGUAUGAUAACAGCAGUAAUUUUGAAACUCCUUUAACAGUUCCAGGUAAAGACAUAUUGAUGGCUAAAAGAUUUAAAAAGGAGAACUUUUCCACACAUGGUUCUUCUGAGCCUGCAUGGGUACAAAUGGCCAAGAAAAAACAAGCUUUCCGUGAAAAAGUUGAUACAAAUAAAGAAUUAGACCAAAAUGAUUCACCAAAGGAAAUAACUGCUGUAAAAAGUGAAGGUUCCAAAGAAAUACUUAUGGAAAAGAAGUUGAGCAUUCCAAAAAUGCAUAAAGAAAUUUUGAAUGUAAAUAUGAAAAGUCCCAGUGCAUUGUCUGAGAUUACAACCGGUACACCAACAACCACUGCAGCAAGCGUUCUUCCUUCUACUCAUUCAUUUGUUCCACAUCUUUCGUAUAAACUCUGCUCUGCUACAAACACAGUGAAAUCAAUUCCCAUUUCUAAUGUAAACACAAACAUUAGUCCAAUAACUAUUACUAGGACUACGUCAACUGUUACUACUGCCACUACUAUUUCCGCUUCUACCAAUAUUAGCAAUACAAGUACCAGUACUGGGCAGCCUACUGAUGUUUUAAACAAAUUAAGCUCUGUUUCACAACUGCCUCACAAAGAGAAAACAUCUGUAACAAAUGUCUCAAAGUGCUUAACACAAAAGACAUUGGUCCAACGACCAUUGUCUGCUGAAAUCACAGGGCAACAGUUAUCUUCUUCUGUUAAGACAUUUUCACAAUCCAAGUCUUCAGUCCAAUCUUCCACUACUAAUAUGACAAGAGCAAUGUCUGUGAAAGAGAUGUCACCAUCUUCAAGAGACAACGAUAAAGUUAUCCAAAAGAACAUUCCAAAAAGGAGUAAAUCAAUUAUUGAUAACCAGUCCAAUACAUCUUUAAAAGUGGUUCCUGCAAACAAUGAUGCUAAUGAUUUGUCUGUUUGUCAGAAUAAUACUAAUAGACUUUCAGCUCUUUUUGAAGCUAAAACUUCAGCACAAACUUGUGGUGUAUUUAAAGAAAAAAUCAGUCCUUCAAUAACUAAACCAACUUUUGGAAAGACUCCUGUCCCAGUUCCUCUUAAAAAAUCAGUUGCUACAACUACUACUAAUGCAUCUAAUGUUACUACAGCCAAUAUUACCACAUCAGGCAAAGAAACAUUACCAGUUCAAUCCUCAACCAUUCAAAAGGAUCUUUCAUCUUGUAAGACAGAUAGCCAAGAAGGAUCAAUAAAAGAAGUGCCAAAAAAAAUUGGUGUUCUUAAUUACUUGAAACCUCUAGAAAGUAAAACUGUCUCUCUAAAACAGAAACCUAGUAUGGAAGGAUCAGAACAAAGUCAGUCUACAGGAGAAACUAUACCAUCUUGGAAGUCUGACAUUAAUCUGAAAAAGAAAGAUGUUAUUGAGAAACCUGUGAAGAUUGAGAUUGUUCCAAAGAGUGAAGUCAGUAAAGCACCCUCAGUUCUGGAGCAAAGUUCAUCUACUGAUACUAAUAAUGAGAAAAAUCAAACAAACACUGAAAAGUGCAAAGUGGAAAAAUGCAGUGAUGUCAGUGCAAGAAAAACCUCAGUCUUGGAUAUAGUUAAAAACUUUCAGAAGAUGCAAGCCACUUAAAGUGGUUAUAUAAUUCCUAGAGUUUGUGUUCAUGUGAUUGUGUUGUUGUUUCUUUAACCCCCAGAUCAACACUGAUACGGAAAACUUAUGUUUAAAUGCAUUCCAACCAUGAUCAGCAACAUCUAUCAAGUGUCUACAAAAUCCAAUAUAUCAGAAAUUUUUUUCAGAUUGUACAAUGUGAUUUGAGGAAGAUUUAACUGCUAUUUCUAGCAAGUCAUUAACAAGGUAGAUUUCCUCACUGGUUCAUGUAUAUGUAUAGUGUUCGUGCAUAUAAUUUCAUAUGCAUAUGAGCUUGCAAAUUUAUUAGUAUAUAAAUGUAUACUUGAUAUGCAUACAAAUGCACAUAUAUAUCUAUAUAUGCAUGCAUUAUUUGAGAAUAUGUGUUUGUGUUUAUGUCUAUUAUCGAUAAGAAUAGAUAGAUUUUUAAAAUAAAAAUGGAUUAUUAAAAUAGAAAUAGAUUAUAAAAAUAAAAAUAGAUGGAUUAUAAAGAUAGAUGGAUUUUUAAAAUAGAUGGAUUUUAUGUUAAGCUAUUGAGAAAAUUUUAACAUCAGCUGAAGACAUCAUACAACCAACAUAGAACUAUACCAAGGCAUGUCACAGCUGUCAGUUACUGUUUGGCAGAGAAAACAGCACUUUGCUGGCCAUUGCCAUAGAGCUGGGAACCAACCAGUUUCUAAACUUUUAUUUUGAUCAUCAUCAGGAGGGUAGGCAGCACAGAAGAGCAGGAAUAAAGAUCUUUCCAAGAAUGCUCAGGAACAGUACUGGUAUAAACUGAUUCUAAAAUCAGUUUUGUUGAGGGACUAAGACAGUUGGAGGCAGAGAAUGUUAUAGUUUCAUCUGUAGAUGACUGAUGAUGAUUUAUGUCUGUAUAUGUAUGUGUUUUAAGAAGCUCACUUUGCACUGCUUAGCACUUUGGGCAAGUCUUCUAUAGCCCCAAAUCAACCAAUGCCCUGUGAGUGAAUUUGGUACAGAAGCUGUAUGGAAUCCCAUACUAUAUUAUAUUUUUCAUUUGUAUUGUUUGUCCCUGGUGGUUGUUUAUGACUGUAACAUAUAUAUAUGUAUGUGUAUAUGCAUAUAUAUGUGUGUGUGUGUAUAGAUAUGCAUGAAUAUGUAUGUACCCUUACCAUGAUCCAAUCCACCCUCUUCCAUGCCUGGUCUCUUGACUGCACACCCCCCAUAUCCACCUCACCCUUACCUGCUUCCCUUUCUUCCCCUUACCUACUAUCCCUCUUCAAAUGUGCCCGCAACCUAUAUGCUUCUUUCUUCUUCUCACACUGAACCUGGCUUUCAUCCAUGUUACCACACCUGUCCCUUCUUCAACACCACUGUCCCCACUAGUGUCUACAACCGCUUCUACUACAUCAGCUCAUUCACUUGCACUUCUCAUAAUUUUACUGCAUCCUUUUGCUCUUUUUUGCUACCUCCCACACAUUAGACCAACUGGUCAGUACAUAGCUGAUCAUUUUGUUGAACACCUUCAAGACAUCAGACUCAGCAAUAACCUCUUGGUCUCAUAUCAUUUCCGCUUGACUGGUCAUUCCCUACAACAUCUGUCUGUUUAGACUGGUCUUGCACAGAGAACACCCAGACUCCUGCCUCUGUCAGGUUCAGGAAUUAAUUUCUCUCUCCAUACUUUAGUCCAGUGUAGUCUGAAUGCUCCACCCUCUUCAUUUAAGGCCCUCCUCUACACACAUUUACACACACCACACACCUCUUGCCUUCCUACUGCUCUCUCAACUUCUACCUUAAAUACACGUAUCCUAUGCCAUUUAACUUAUUACUCAACACCUUGCUCACCAUUUACAUUCAAACAACACAUACACAUGUGCACAUACACACACACACACACACACACACACACACACACACACACACACACACACACACACACAUAUGCACUUCUUCCCACUUCACACUCACUUCCAUCCCACACUUCCCAACACUUACCACUUUUGUCACCUCUAUUCCACUCUACAUCUCUACAAUAUAACACUUAACAUCCUCCUUCGACACAUGUCAGCCUCACACACAUACAUGUUCCCAUAAACACAUAUACACAUGCACAAAUACUUCGUCCUAUUGUCUCAUACACAUGCACCAGCUGAGAACAGGGAAAUGCACAAUACACACCUGUGUAUAUGCACACACACACACACACAUACACCCUACACAUAUACACAUGCAUAAACACAGUAUACACAUACACAUAGCUUCAUAUAUACAUACAUACUUGUUCAUGUGUGUGCGUGUGUGCACACACACACUGCAUCCAUGCACACAAAUAUUAACUUCAUACACACACAUGUUUGUUCUCACAUACACACACAUGCCCAUACAUAUACAUGCGCACAUUAACUUCAAAUACUCAUACACACAUGCUUAAUUCUCUAACACAAACACACUCAUAUGCCAGGUCACUGUUGUCCCUCUUACCACCCAAGCCUCAAACCAACUUCUUCCUCUUCUGGCAUGCAUUGAUCGUUUAAUUAAGACACGUUUGUUUUUUUCACUCUUUUCCUCCUGGGCAUUAACCUAAUACACCCUAUUUGUUGUUUUUUUUUUUUUUUUUUUUUUUUUUUUUUUACUUUGUCUUCAUUUUGUUUUUGUACCAUAUAUUAUAUACUCACUGGUCAUCCCAGUUUGAUCCUCCCUGUCUGAACUUCCUCCUUUCUUGGACUCCCUCAUCUCUUUGACCUGCAUCUUGGAUUAUUGCCACAUCCCGAAGAUUACCUAAGCACUGAACUCUACCUAGAUUAUCACUGGAACUCUGUUUAGAUUACCAUUGUUACUCUACUUGUAUUACCAUCUUCCUGGAUCUUACUCUGCACUGUUGAUGAUGUGUGUGUACAGUAGAAGUGACACUUAGCAGUGAUGGGAAAUAAACAAAUUUUAGGUUAGUUUGUGACCUAUUUUAGCUUCUAAAGGCAAUGUCAUUGCAAUUUACUAAAGAAAGAAAAUUCUUGCUUAUGGUAAACUGUAUAAAAACACUUUUAUCAGCUCAGUGGUUCCCCCUCUUGGACUUGUAGAUGGAUUUCUGGCUCUUUAGCCUUGCUCAGUAGAAGAUACCCAAGGGAGAUAAUCCUGGGUGGAUUACAAAGCCGAGGGCUUAUAAUGGAUUGAUCAAACUACUUGCAGACUGCUUAGUCAGAACAAAAACAAUAGUAAUAGUGCUAAACAGUAAUGAAAGGACACCACUGAGCUGAUAAGGGCAUGUUUACACUUUUUACCAUGGGUGAGUAUUUUUCUGCAUGGUAAACUACAAUGAAAUUACCUUGAGAAGUUAAAAAUAUGUCGCAAGCAUUUAAACUAACCUGUAAUCUUAUUUCUAAAGUUAAUGUGUGUGUGUGUGUGUGUGUGUGUGUAUAUAUAUAUAUA